AAUGACCUAUUGUGUAAGAAUAUAAUCUACAAUGAGAAACAAGGUGAUGUACAGUUCAUUGAUUAUGAAUAUUCUGGAUACAACUACCUGGCAUAUGAUAUUGGAAACCAUUUCAAUGAAUUUGCAGGUGUGAGUGAUGUAGACUAUAGUCUCUAUCCAGACAGAGAAUUGCAGGGCCAAUGGCUGCGGUCUUACCUUGAAGCCUACAAAGAAUUCAAGGGUUUUGGGACUGAAGUUACAGAAAAGGAAGUAGAAAUACUCUUCAUUCAAGUGAAUCAAUUUGCAUUGGCUUCUCAUUUCUUUUGGGGAUUGUGGGCUUUGAUUCAAGCCAAAUACUCCACUAUUGAGUUUGAUUUCCUUGGGUAUGCAAUUGUUCGUUUUAACCAGUACUUUAAAAUGAAGCCUGAGGUUACUGCAUUGAAAGUGCCUGAGUAAAGAAGAGAUUUAAUUAUUCUGAAGGACCUGAGCAGUGCUUCUGAAUCUUUUCUUAAGAAAUUCCAAAAAGCUGAUAUUUGUUAAAAUUCUGUUAUUUAAUUUGGUUAUCUUGCUUUACAAAUUAUGCCUCUAAACAAUCAUUCUAUUUUUUAAAUAGACUGAUGUCAAGAAAUAUACCUACUGCCCAUCAGUAUGUGGUGGACUAGAAAUUUAUAAAAUCUGCAAAAGACAUAAAGAUGUCAGUUUAAGCCUUUCUUUGAUAAUUUAAUCUAUGUUUUAUGUGAAUUAUUUAUUAUAAAUUUAACCUGAUUCUGUGACUGUUUUCAUCUGUUUCAUCUGUUUGUUGAGUAUAAGCAAUGAAAAUGUUCCAGAUACCUUUUCUUUAAGUUUUACUUUAAUAAGAUUAAUUUUAGUAAACAUUCUAGUUGUUCAGUGUAACCUUUUAAUCUUGAUGCACUGUAAGUAAAAUGAAUCAUUUAUUCUUGAAAUGCCAGUCAUUGACUGAUGUAGAUAACUUAGGAUGCUCAUGUAAAAAAUAUCUGUUUAGGAGGGUGAAAUACACUCACUCAGUCUCUGUUGGUGGUACAUCUUGUUGAGUUGAAUAUUAGAAAGCAUUUCUUUUGGGGGGACUAUAACUUGGACUUAACUCCCCCUCUUUCUACAUAGUCUGGCAGUAUAAAUAUAAAUAUUUACCAUAUAAUCCUGGAAUAAGUAUGAAUUAAUGUUACCAAAACCUGUAUUAAAUAAUGUUUUUAAGUGCUAAAUAUGGUCAUAUGUUACUAGUUUCAGUUUUUAAAAUUUUACUGUAUCAAAUUAUUUCUAACCAAAAAUUUUGUUUUACUUAUUGAGAUGCUCUGUGUUUUUGAUUAUUUAAUAGUUGCUAGUACUGCUUUGUAUACAAAUAUCCAAAGUUUAUCAUACUCGAAAAUAAGAAAUUAUUAUUUAGGUUAAUUCUUUUUUACCGAUUCAUUCCUUACAUUUUAGUUUCAUGUUUUAGUUUGGUUCCUUGUCUUUAAAGUGAUGAUUACUUGACACAUGUAAAUUCAAAGUAAUAUGUUGAGGCAGUUAAAGAAUUAAAUAAGGAACAUUUAGGACGCUUAUCUUGUACACUUAAAAUCUGACAAAUAACAAAAUGUGAAUUAAGCAGAAAUAGUCAUGGGGAGGGCUUCUGCUGUUUGUUUUUAUUUCUCUUGUUAUUGUUUUUAUGUCUUGUGUUUAGGGGUGAGAGGGAGGCAGUUAUUAUAUGGAAGCAAGUUAGAUCUUUGGUAUAGAUAAGUAGGUUUCAGGUUUUGACAUCUGCUCUGCAUAGUUGAGCAGUCACGAUUAACUUUACUUAGAAAAUUAGUCUGACAAGCUUUGCACUUUGGACACAUAAGUGCCCAUGUACAAAGUUGGCUUACUGGAUCUGCAUAUUCAAAAUAUGCAACUACAAAUUUAUCCUCUGAGAAAUCUUCUGGGAGUCUGACGUAUUAUUCCAAAUGACUUACAUUCUCAGACAAGUGCUUUAAAAAAUACUUGGAUUAUCUCAAGAUUUUUAAAGCUAAUGAAGUAAGUAGGAACACUUAAAGGCCAUUUUAAAUGGUAAAUUCUAGUUACAUACAUAGAAUCUUAAAAUACGUUUGUAUCUAUAACAGUGUUAGACCAAGAUUUGGUUUCUACCUCCCCAAUAUUAUAAAUGUUCACUUUUGUUUGUAUAAACCAUAUUACUGUAAGAUCAGUAGAGUUUGUCUAGUUGAUUAUGUGAAUAGAAUCAGUUAAAUAAUUAGUACCUUUUUAUAAUAGUAGCAUAAACUUGAAAAUUUGUUUUUGGUGGAAUUUUUUCUAUGGUUAGAACAUUCUCAUAGAACAGAUAAAUAAUAUGUGGUAUCUUGACUUUUUUUUUCUUUUUCUUUUUUUCCUUUCUGCCUUCAAAAGUUCAGUAGUGUAUAUCUUAUACAACUACGGGAGGAAAGAAGAUAGUUUUUCUACCUUGCUCUGUAUUCUUCAAACUAUUAUGAAUAGAGAUUCACUGAGCCAUUGCUAAUAGACUGUGCAUAGCUACUAGCUGUGACACUAUUGUGUUUUAGAGCAAUUCAUAUAGAAAUGAAUGUAACCAGGAGUAAAGUUUCCCACUUUAGCCCUGGGAAUAUACAUUGGAUCUUGGGAACAAAAUAAAAUAUUUAAUGUAUUUCUCCCACUCUUUCGCCAGAUUUUGGGUGUUGUGAUGUCUCUACUUCCUGUAUAGGUUUUUGGGAUCAUGGUGCAGGCUAGCAAUAGGGUUCAAAAUUGCUUCCCUUUAUGUUGACCAUUUAAGGGAUUCUAAAGGGAGGGUAAAUCUCAACAGCGCUCUAAAAUCAUCCCUCUUAAAGUUUGUCCUUUGGCUUGCUGAGAUGUCUGUUGCCUUUUUAUGUUCAGCUGAGAAACUUGAAUGCCUUACCUAAAAACUAGUAGUAAGCUCAUUUUGUAUAUAUGAAAACGGCUGUUAGAUGUGGCAUUCAUGUAUAUUCAGUGUUAGUCAAUAGACCAUAGUGGCCUGGAUGCUUUUACAAGCAAAAUUCCACAAUUUCCCCCCUUCUCCCCCACUUCGUUUGUAUGAUCUUACCUGACCAGUAAUGAUUUUUCUCUCCUAACCCCAUGCUACCACCAUUUUCUGGAAAUCAAAGAGCCGUGGUAGUAAAUUAUACUGUUCACAUGGUCAUCUGAGAUCAAUAUGAGCACAAAACUCAUCAACUAGGUCUGCCUGGAAUGUAUAUAAAACAGUGUAAAUAAAAAUUUGUAAAUUAGUGUGAAUUGUAUCUUGCAUAUGAGAUUGUGUAUUGUUUUGCAUUAUCUUCCCCUGUGUAGAAAUUUUUCUGUAAGGAAAUGAUCCAGCUUGUUGGUUUUAGACUAGAAAUAGCCAACAGUUCUGGCUACACAGUGAGAUCACAGGAACUGGAAAUAGGGUUUAUGGGCUUUGGUCAAUGUCAGUACUUAUUUAUUUAGCCUCUCAGUGCCUAAUAAGAUUUUUCAUCAUUUUUUAGUCAGCCGUUAGUUUUGUGAGGUUAGAUUUCUGGAAGCAGUGAAUUCAUACACUGUUACAAUAGUAGAACUUCAUUCUUUAAGUCAUGAUUCUAAGCUAAAAGACAUUAAAAAUAUAAUUUAAUGAUUGCAAACUGAAGUAUUACCAUUUUCUAUUUUUCAGGGUUGUUAACCUUUUUCUACAAAAAAACACCUUGAAAUUUUAUAUAUCGAUGUGAAUCUAAAUCCCAUAUAUGCAAAUAUUACAGAUAAUAGCUCUUAGUUCAAUUUAAGCAUAUCUCAGAUGACUUCUCUAAAUUUAAAGUUGUUCAUUCUAGUUGUCAUUAAAAGACAUAAAUAAUCUUUUAAUGACAGCUAUUUCCAUUUUUGCUGAAGUAAAAAUAUUUAACUUCAUAAAUAUUUGUAACUACAACUUCCAUAUUUAAAGAAAAAAGUUUCUUCCACUUUCAAAUAAAAGUUAAAAAGCCUUCACUUUUAAAAUUAUACAAGUGUUUCUUUUUUAUAUUGCACAGAAGCCUUCUGUACCAUUUUAUGAAUUUCUUUCUUCAUAACAUAAAUGAAAAUAAUACCUUGAUUUUCUGCUUUAAAUUGUUUUUAAUAAGCAUUUUAUACUGCAUUCCAAAGUGAUAUAGACUUAGACUUUUGAUAUUAAUCAGUCAUUCACUUGAUAGACAAAGUUAACAAUGCUUUAUGCUAGAAGAAUUUUGUUAUUGGCAGCAACUUGCACUACUUUACACAGAAGGCAAAUGGUAGUAGUUAUUAUUCACAGAGGAAAAAGUAUUUUAAGUAUGUGGUAAAACAGCUUUAUCUUUAUUUCAAAAUUGAUUUGCUCUGGAUUUUCUCUAGUCUAUUAGAUUUUAGAAUGUCCUUUUAUUGUGAAUUUAGUAACAUAUUAAGGCAAUCUGGCUUUGAUUCUUUUUUUAUUAUUAUUCUUUUUUGUUACAGUGAAUUACUUUUUUUCCCCCUUUUACAUACCAAUUGUGCGAUUAUAGUGUCAUGUUUGGGCUUGAUGUCUUUGGACAGAAAAAAGUAUCAGUUAUUUUAAAUCAAUUUUUCCCCAUCUUUUAAGCUCAGCCUAUAAAUGUGUUACUAUAACAAAAAAUACUUGGUUUUGCAUUACUUGAAUACUUGAAAACUAAAACUAAGAGGAUAUAUUCCAUAAUGAAUUUGAUCUUUCAGAACAGUUUUUACACAAAAUUUUCAUUUCUGGAUUAUAAUUUGAAAUGGAAUGAACUAUUUGGAUUGAAAAAAGUGACAAUGCUUAUAAACACUAUAAAUUUAAGGCAUCAAAAUUCAAGUUUUUGUAGGUUUCUUUCCUGAAAUUUUUUUGCCCUUCUUUAUUCAUUUGGUAUACUAAUGAUGUUAUAAAACACCAGAGUUAAAAUAUCAUUAUAUCUGUGUUCAUUGUGAAUCCUAUAGCUUUUCAUACUCUCUAAAAUACUCAACCCAGUUUUUUGAUCGACAUCUUACCUAGUAAUAUUUCUAAUACCAUUAAUCAUUCUAAUACUCCUAUCUCUAUAAAAAAUUGGAAACAUUAAAUAUUGUACUUUAAUGAAAGAGUAAGAAAAAGAACUGAACCAUUGGAAUUAUAGGCAGUUCCAUUUAUUAAAUUUCAAAACGCAAUAAAGGAACUUUCAGAGAUAGGAUAAAACCCAGUGGUAUCCAUGCAGAUUAGCUCCUGUGACCUGGAAAAGACCUCAGUGGAGGAGAUGAGAGUGUUUACUUGCUGUGGUUGUGGUAUGUUGCUACUUAAUUAUAGGUAGUGACACACUGACAUUUUUAUUGUCCAAUCUGUAGUUUCUUGUAUUUAUCUGUACUAAAGUGACUAUAAAUUAAUGGAAUCUGCAAAGAGGAACCUUUUUUACUGUACUGUAUUUAGGAGCCUUUAUACAACUAGGUCAAGUUUCCAUGAUAUGAAGUAUUUGAAUUUUAACAUAUACUAUUAUGAAGACAUGCCAUUAUGCCAUGCGAUUAAAUGAUAAUUUACUUGUUUAAUUUCAGAAGAAAAAAAUGAAAUGAAUAACUGUCAUUGCAUUAGCUGUAUGGUGAACUGGGAAAUGGUGGCAUAAAGCUUAAAUUUGUGUUUAUCAAAUGUGAACCAUAGUAGUAUAAUGCUGCUUUGUAUAUACUGUAAGUGCUACAAGUAGUCUCAGCACUGAAAAUGUAUUGAUACCUCUCAAAUGAAUGCAACUUUUGAUGUAGGUGUUUUGAAAGGCCUCAGAAAGUAUCUGAGUGUCUGAGAAUUUGUUAAUCUGUUUGGUAAUGAAGAUACUUCCUGUUUUUUGUUUCAUAUUUUCAUGUUUAAAAUUUAAUUUUUACACUUUACUACUGUUAAUUUAAGUAAAAUUUGUUCUGUGGAUAAAAUGGGGUUGGCAGUGAAGAAAAAAGCCCCAUUCAUGUAACUGCUUACAUAAAAAACACAUUGUUACUAUAUGUUCAUAAACUUCUAAUGAAGCUGUUUGUAUUUCUGUUUAAAUAUGUGAUGUUUAGGCAUUAUUUCUGUUUAAUAAGGCUUUUUACCAUUGAUUAAAUGAAGGAAUGUAUCUUUUUGAAGAGAUUUAUAUUCUGUAAAUAAAAAUUGGUUGUAACAAUAAAGUUGAGUUCUAACUACAA